AUGAGCUCGCUACGACCUUUCCAUGCGCUGGACCUGUUCCGUUUCAACUUGACAAAUCUCGAUGUAUUAACUGAGAACUACGUCCCAAGCUUCUAUCUUCAAUAUCUUGCAAAAUGGCCAACACUGUGUUCGGUUAUGGAGAGUGCUGGUGGGAAGAUUAUGGGGUAUAUUCUUGGGAAAGCCGAAGGCGAAUAUACAGAAUGGCAUGGCCAUGUAACCGCUGUUACUGUUGCACCCGACUUCCGCCGUCUCGGCCUGGCCAAAACCAUGAUGGACGAGCUCGAACGUGUUACUACCACCGUUUAUAAUGGCUACUUUGUCGACCUAUACGUCCGCGUUUCCAAUAGACUGGCAAUAGAUAUGUACGAGGGGUUGGGGUAUAGUGUGUAUCGAUGCGUCCAAGAGUACUACUCAGCCGGCCCCGGAGAACUAGAAGAAGAUGCAUAUGACAUGCGGAAACCAAUGAAGCGUGAUAAAAAACGACAAAGUGUUCGGAAGAACGGGAGAGAGUUUAAGGUGCAACCGCAUGAGGUUUAUUAG